AUGUCCCGUAGCACAUACAAGAUCUAUGUGGGGAAUCUCCCUCCUGAUGUGAAAACAAGAGAUAUAGAGAAUUUGUUCAGUAAAUACGGGCCAAUUGCUGAAAUCGACUUAAAAUGCAAAAGGGGCCCUCCCUUUGCCUUUGUGGAAUUUGAAGAUGAACUAGAUGCCUCAGAUGCUGUUCGGGGUCGUGAUGGGUAUAACUUUGAAGGCUACGCUUUACGAGUUGAGUUCCCCCGCGGUGGAGGCGGUGGUUAUAAUAGUGGUGGAAACAAUGGAGCCUUCAAUUCGUUCAAGCGGGGAGGUUUCGGGAGGGGCAGUGCUGGCGGGCCCCCACGUCGCUCCGAUUUUCGGGUUAUAGUGACAGGUCUCCCACCGACGGGCAGUUGGCAAGAUUUGAAGGACCAUAUGCGUGAAGCCGGGGACGUCGGUUAUACAGAUGUUUUCCGUGAUGGAACCGGCGUCGUGGAAUUUUUGCGUUAUGAAGAUAUGAAGUACGCCAUACGGCGUCUCGAUGAUUCCAAGUUUCGCUCACACGAGGGACUUGCACCAAGUGCCGGCGCCGUGAGGGGACGACCAACCACUCGGAUUCCUUCAUCGGAUGGCAAACGGAUUUUCUGUCUGAUGAAUGGACGUUGA